AUGAAAAAUAUCACUAAGAAUUCAAGGACCAGGUCACCAGAACGAAACCUAAGUGGGGUGGUACCGCAGAUUUCGUCGCUGUUGGCGCAGCUCCCCAGUCUUCAUCAAUCUGAUGCUCUGCUUCAAUCCAAAUUGGACGGAACUCGCCAGAUCUCCUCAGUUGCUUCCGAAUUUCGAUUGGAUGAGAGAAUCAACGGAAUUCCGUUGAAUCUCUCGUCAUUCAACCGAAUUAAACUGAUUGAAAACUUUCCCACGACCGCUGGAGUUUCUGCGAGUUGUCCCCUCUCUGAUUCUGCCUUCAACUUCCUCAUCGACGUUAUCAUGGAAGGUGACAUCAGCUUAUCCAGCAAGGAUCGAUUUUACAAUGCUGCGGUGCGGUUCAUUUUACUAUACGGGUCGGAAAACUGGCUGAGAACGUCAAAAGACUUUCAUUGUUUGACCAUCGAUGUCUUCAGAGUAUUGCCCGAAUCUGGUGGGGACACCGGAGCAGCAAUGCUGAACGAUAUAAGCUCAUUUGCGAACAAAUUUCGUUUUGCGGUAGAGAAUAUUCUGAUUCCAAAGAUAGGAUUGAUACCGUCGUCAUGGGUAGCGGGGACUCUCCGCGGAGCAUCAAACAACACCUUAUUGAUCAUCAUCACCAUCGCUGCCGUUGUCAACCAUAUUAAUACAUUAGUAAAACCUGCCGGUGUUUUCCUGGAAUCGCGAGGUUCAAACCCGGAAAGAGGAUGA